UAGUUGGGUUAUCAAAAGUACACGAAGCAUAAACUUGCCAGUUUUGGUAUUUCCGUGGAGAUACCGAAAGUGUCGUUGUUAUCUCUAGAAGUAUGGAAUCUGAAGUAAAGAAUUUCAAUGAUCAAAUGGACAGUAAAGGAGAGGAAAUGAAACAAUCUCACACCGAGUUUGCGAUGGUUGUCUUUCACAACAUUCCAGAAACCUAUCCAGCAGAUGCUCACAUACAGUGUGCAUACACCAUCAGCUCAGAUCUGGUACCUUCAAGUUAUGACUGGGUUGGUCUGUACAAAGUUGGCUGGAUGAGUACCAAAGACUAUCACUACUAUGAGUGGGCAGUUUUACCAAAGGAAUAUGAGAUUGGCAGAGAAGCUGACAGCGCAGUACUAUUUCCAGCCCAUAAAAUGCCUGAAGAUGACGGAGAAUUUUACCAGUUUUGUUAUGUGACCAGCUCUGGCCAGAUCAGGGGAGCAAGUACACCGUUCCAGUUUAAAAAACCAUGUGCAGAUGACUACAUAGAGGUGGAAGAUAACGACAUGCUGAUUAUCAGGUCCAAAACUGUUGUCCUGGAGGAACGACUCAAACUGAUGGAAGAGGAAAAGUCUCGACUUGAACAGCAACAAGAAGAAAUGACAAAAGAAAGUGAUGGACUGGUUCAGAAGUUAUCAAACCUAGAUGGUCAGCUGUUGGAGGCGCAGAAGCAAUGUCUUGAUCUGGAGGAGAAAGUGCAGGUUGGGGAGACCUACAUCAGUCAACUCAACCAGGAAGCCCAUGACAUGAACAUUGUUCGUGAGGAGCUACAAACUCGUCUUGACACUCGGGCACAUGAAGUUAAAGAAAAAGAGGGACUUAUAUGUAGACUUAACGAGGAGAUUACGGAACUCAAGACUGAGAUACGAAAACUUCAGAAUGAAAAAGACAAGUACGAGGGUGAAAUGAGAGUGCUGACAGGGCAAAUGGAACUGUACAAGAAUCACUUUGCCAAGUCAGAGAUGUCGGUCAAAGAACAUAAUGAAAAGCUUGAGAACUUGACUAAAGAGAUUACUGAGAAAGAAACUGUCAUCGCCAUGUUGAGGAGUCAGGUUGAUGCACUGCAUAGGGUAGUACAGGACAAAGCUAGGGAUGUCGAGAAACAAAUCACAACUUCAAAAGAGGAUGAGCAUCAUAUAGACUGCCUGACUGAACGUCUGAAAAAUACAGAAGAUAAACUGGAGGCAGCAGAGAACACAAAGAAACUCAUGGCAGAGGAGAUUCGGUCAUAUGAAGAGGCAAAGGAGAAGAUGUCAUCUGACCUAGAAAAAUCAGAGAGUACUUGCUACGUUCUGAAGCAGGAACAAGACAGAUUGAUUUGGGAGUCAAAUCGUGUAGCCAGUGAUGUGGAAGCCCUCAACUGUGAGCUGGAGUCAGUGAAAAAGGAAAAGGCCAAAAUAGAAAUGGAAAAUGCAGCUUUGAAAGAUCAGCUUGGAAAAAGUAAUGAUACAACAGAGAGCUCUCUCAGCUCCCUGCACUGUUUACAAAUGGCUCAAAAAACUUUAAAGGAGAGAUACUCCAGGAUAGAGCAAAGUCAUGAGCAGCUACACUCACAAAUAGCUAAAAAAGCUAAAGAGUACAAGCUCAAUAUCAAGGAACUUGUACGUGAAAAUGAAGAUCUAAAAGAGAGGCUGAAUAUGAGUUCAACUGAGUACAAGACUUUGUACAUCGAAAACAAGAAACUUCAGAAGAAAAUGGGGAAAAUAACCGAUAAAAAAAAGACCAGAAAGUUGGAUAGAAGCAUAUCAGAAAAUUCUGUUUCCAAGCAAACCCUUGUGGUGGAAACCCUGGUAACGUCAGCCUCGUUGGAUGAAUCCAGACACGACACAGAGCACCAGCCUCCCAGUCAACUGGAAAUGGAGCUUGAGACCAUGGGGGAUGAGCUGAAGAAGCGUCAGGAGAAGAAAUUGAAGUAUAAGAAACUGUACAUGGAGGAGAAGGGCAAAACUGAAAGUCUGCGUAAACAUUUCCAUGAGGAAAUGCAAAAGAAGGAGGAAGAUACUAAUCGCCUUCGCAUAUGUAUUGAAGAGGCUACAGCAGCAAAUGAAAUUCGUGUGCGAUCUCUGGAAAAAUUUGUGUCAGAAAAAGACAAGAAAAUUGCUGAGUUGGAAGGAAAACUGCGAGAAACCAGCAUUCAUUAUGAUGGACCUGUCUGUUCCUCUGAAGGAGAUGCACUCAAAGCAUGUCCCAUGCCUACCCAAGGAUCUCUGUCAAGACUACCACCUAGCAUGAUGUACCCUACAGGGACCAUGCCAAUGUAUGUCCCUCUGGUGUACCCUCACCCAAAUCGUCAAUAUGUCCCUGGGGUUGCUCCACCUCAGCUUUCUUGCAAGGAGCAUAGACCUUUACAACGUCUAAGAUAUCCACAGCCAACCAUCAGUCCCCUGCAGCCCAAAGAUGUUGAAAAUCAGUCUGACCCACCGAAACAUCUGCCAGCACCCUUGGUCCCUGAGCGCCUUCACACAGCCAAGGUGGCAGCUGUCCUGCCUACCCAUAGUGAGCUGAUGGCUGAUAUUGAAACAGACACUGUCAUUCCUUCAGCACCACCUACAUGUGGUCAACUGGAAGACAAAUUUGAGGAUGCCAUUGGAGAAGGCAUGAAGAUUUGCCCCGUCUGCAGUGAAUCAUUCUCAGCAGAUAUUGAUGCACAGAAUUUUGACGUUCAUGUUUUGGGACAUGUUGGCAAAAUCUGUCCAAUCUGCCAGAAGCUGGUGGAGAAUGCUAGUGACAGUGAUUUUCAGUACCAUGUCAACAAGCAUCUGGAGGAGCAAGAUCAGGAGACAAAUUAAUCACGGAUCUACAUUGAUGUCAUCAGUUAUCAAACAGUAAAAAGGAAAUGAACCUUUAUUUUACAUUGUUUACAGUGUACAGAUUUGCUUAAUUUUCAAAAACAUUUUUCAUAGUGAAAUUAAUUUGUCUGUUGAAUAUUUCUGUAUCUUUACAAGAAUAUACAAUUAUCUGGGGUUCUCUGCCAAAGUUCUAUAUCAACGAUAUGUUAUAUUACCAUAUGAUUGGACUCGUUAUUUUGUUUACAUUUUUCGUUGGGACGUAUAUGCUGGAGUAAUGAGACAUAUAUGCUUUAGUGUUGGGACAUAUAUGCUGCUUAUAAUCAUAAGGUGUGGCACACCAUCCCAAUCUCUUUGACCUUUUACUGUGAAAAAAGCUAUUUAAGUUCUGAUGAGUCAGUUUAUCUAACUGAUGUUUCAUUGGAUAAGUUGUACAUAAUUGUACAUAACUCAAUGCAUGGUUCAAUGCACAAUACACAAAGUAGUUUGUGCUCUUCAGGAAGCUGAGAAAUAGAUAGGUUUCUGCUGACAUGGUUGUAUCCUUGAGCAAGACACUUUACUUUGGAUGGCAUGUGACAGGCCUCCUUCAGCUACUUUAAGAAGACCCUGCCUCAAAAUGUCACUUGCUGUUCAAAGGGCAAUAAACCAAGCAAAUAAACAAGUAAGAAAUAAACAGUUUGUAACAUACCACAUGAACCCAAGGACAUAUUUUGUUCUUAUUCACAUUAUUGCAUCAAGGUCUACCAAGGCUUAGAUUUUGUGAUCAUCUGUCAAGGUUAAAGGUCAAAGGUCACCCAUGACCUCUUAUGAAAUAAAAAAGCAUGUGUACAAAAUAUUUUAUUGACCCAUCACCAUCAGUAGAUUAAACCUCUUUAGAUUGAGAUCAGAAGAAAAAGGAUUUUGGGCGGGGGGAUGUUAUAUCUUUUCUAUGUGAGCCCAUAUUCCCUUUGUUUAUGUUGGAUAAAUCAACUGUAUAUAAGUCUUUGCUUAAGUCAGUUUUGUGAUAUCGCCUCACCAGAUCAAGGAAUAUUUAGUUUGAGGCUUGUAUAUAGAUUGUGAUUUUGGUGGUUUUUAUCAUUGUGGGAGUGAACAGAUAACAGGUAAUUCCUCCCUUUUCUGUGUAUUGUUAUGAACUGUUAUUGUUUGUUUUUUCUCACUUGAUCCAAAGGACCAGUGAGAUUAUGUUAUGGUGUGGUGUCUGUCGUCCAUUUGCCUGAGGAGCAGGGCCCAAAUGGGAAUAUUUGGUAAAUUUUUGAAAAUUCUUUUUCUUUCUUAGAAAUACAGGAUUCGGUCAAAAUUUGGCAUUUUCGGGUAAGGGGAAUUUUUUUUUUAUGAAUACUGGAUCUGAGCCCCAUGGCCUAGGGCAGGAGAGAUAGAUCCAAUAAGGGAAAUAGAGAAAAUUCUUUAAAAUCAUGUUCCUGUAGAUUUUCAGCAUUUUCGGAAGAAGGGAAAUCAGUUUUAGGUAAACGAUGGGUCUAGGACACUUGGGGCAGGAGAGGUUUGGCCCAAUAGGGGAUAUUCUUUAAAAUCCUCCAUCUUUGUAAGAGUGGUUGUAUUUUGCCCAGAUUUGAUCUGAAGCAUCCUUGGCAAAAUGAAAAUCAAUUAUUUAUAAAAUUUGGUUUUGACCACCUUCGGGCAGGAGGGGUGUGGUCCAUUAGGGGAAGUAGGGCAAAUUCUUUAAAUCAUUCUUCUUCUUUUGGAAUGCUUGAUUCUGUACCAAUUUGUUCAGAGACAUGCUUUUGUGAAUGGGAUCAAUUUUGUAUUUACAUUGGGUUUGCACCCACUUGGGAUGGGUGGGGCAGGGCUUAAUGGGGAUAUAGAGAAAAUUCUUUGAAAUCCCACUUCUGUUGGAAUGUCCAAUGUUGUUUAGAUUUGAUCUGAAGCAUCCUUGGUGAAGAGAACUUCUGUAUAAACAUGGCAUCUAAAUCUCUUGGGGCAGAGAUGAGGGGUCUGAUAGGGAAAAGAGAUACAGGAUAGGUAAUUAAAAUAUUUUUCCUUUAGUUUAAAUGAAUCAAUUUCAACAAAGUAAACCAGGUGAGCAAUACAGGCCCUAGGGGCCUCCUGGUUUUUUUUUAAGAUAUAGUUAUCAGACUUGUCAGCAUGAAAACAUGUCUCUUAUUUAACCUUAUAUGACUCAUGCAUUUAGUUUAACAGUUUAGUACAGUUGAUCAUGAACCAAUGGUUCACAUAUUUAUUUCAUAUAUUAUAAUUUUAAAUUGCUGAAUAUUGCAAACAAAUAUUCUAUUGCAUGCUAGCUCUGUAAGUUAUGUAUGCAAUACAAAUGUAUAUACAUACUCUCCUGUUUACUGCAAAAGCUGGCAUUGCUCCAAAUUUAAUUACUUUGAGCUAACACUAGUCUGGACAGCUGUGAAAUUAAACAACUAUAUAUAGAUUAAUUCAGGGUUUUUAUUUUUUAAUGAGAUUGAAUAAGAAAUAUCUACAGUAGAUAGAACAGGAAUUUUGAAGUUAUGUAAGUCGCUACAAUGAUGGCAUCAUAAGGGACAUAUUUACUGUAUUCUUGUUCAUUUAUUUCCAUGUAAAUAUACGAAUACAUGAUUAACAGAAAAGAAAUACUGUAUUGAUUGGAAUGGAGGACCAAUUCAUCUUGUCUUUUGGAGACCUUAGAUCCCCCUGAACUGGGCAAUUGGUAUGUUGGAUUUUAAUUACCUGGUACCAUGCUUGCUCUAAAUUAAACACUUUCAAAGUCAGUUUUCAAAUUGCUUCUAAGAAGCUACUCACUAUUUAGUCUGUGUUUACUUAAAGGGUAAUUACAUGGAAAUUUGUUCAAUGUGUGUUGCUCCACCAUCAAAUUUGGAGCUACGUCCCUUUAGACAUCCAGCUGUAUGUAGUCAUUGCUUUUGUCCUUUUUUGUGUGUAUUUUCUCUCUUUUUUUUUAAAGGGGGAGAGGGGAGGGCUAUUAUUAAUUCAACUGGUCCAAAGGACUGAUGAGCUCAUGCCAUGGUGCUCCGAUCAUAGUCUGUCGUCUGUGUGUAAACAUUUUUAGUUCACAUGAUCUGAAGGACUUGCGUCAUAACACAGGCAUCUGUCUUCUAUUCAUCUGUCAACUUUUCUACAAAUCUCUGCUGGUCAUUAGGGACUGAGUGAAUUUUGAUCAAAUUCAGUCUUAAGCAUCAUUGUGGGAAGCAGAAUGAUUCUUUAAUAAAUAGAUAGGUCUAUGCUUGGGUGAAGGGGAACCAAACCAGGUGAGCGAUAUGAGCCCAUAAGGCCUCUUGUUAUAUUUUUAUUCAGCGACACAGACCCUAUAGGCUUCUUGUUCUUGUUAAUGUACCUGGACACAAUCACAUAGAUCGUUUGGUUACUGUAAGUGAACACUGUCACAUAGAUGGUUUGAUACUAUUAUUGGACACUGUUAAGUAAACACAGACAGUUUGAUACCAUGAGUGGACGCUGUCACAUCAAUGAUUUGUUACCGUUAUUGGACACUGUUAAGUGGACAGUCCAGACACUUUGAUACCAUGUGUGGACACUGUCACACAGUUGCUUGUCGCCGUAAGUGGACACUGUCACACAGAUGCUUGUCAUUGUAAGUGGAAACUGUCACACAGAAUGUUUGUUACAGUAAGUGAACACAGUCACACAGAUGCUUGUCGCCGUAAGUGGAAACUGUCACACAGAAUGUUUGUUACAAUAAGUGGACACUGUCGCACAGAAUGUUUGUUACAGUAAGUGGACACGGUCACACAGAUGCUUGUCGCCGUAAUGGAAACUGUCACAGAAUGUUUGUUACAGUAAGUGGACACUGUCGCACAGAAUGUUUGUUACAGUAAUUGAACACUGUCACACAGAUGCUUGCCGCCAUAAGUGGAAACUGUCACAGAAUGUUUGUUACAGUAAGUGGACACAGUCACACAGAUGCUUGUCGCCGUAAGUGGAAACUGUCACACAGAGUGUUUGUUACAAUAAGUGGACACUGUCGCACAGAAUGUUUGUUACAGUAAGUGGACACAGUCACACAGAUGCUUGUCGCCGUAAGUGGAAACUGUCACACA